AUGCUUAGCAUCUCGACCUUCGGCCCCAGGCCUCCCGCCAACCGCCGCCUCCUGUCCGCCGAAGACCACGAGCGGAACGCCAGUCGGUUCAACGACUUCUCCAACUCCCUCUUCAGCUCGCCCUCGGUCAGCAUGUACUUCAAUGGCGUCUACUACCCCAAUUGGCACAUCUACAAGGGCCGCCCGCCGUCGUCGCUCAAGUUCGACGUCAUCUCUCACGCCUUCUACGCCUUUGCUCACGUCAAGGAGGAUGGCACCGUCUUCUUGAGCGACGAGUGGGCCGACGACCAGAUGGAGGUCGACGGCGUCAAAGGCUGUCUGCGGGCAUUCGCCGAGCUCAAGAAAAAGUAUUCUGUUCUGAGGGUUGUGCUGUCCGUCGGUGGAGGCGGUGCCGCCAGUGCGCCCUUCCCCGCCGCCGCCAGCACCAACGAAACCCGCGAGCGUUUUGCUCAGACUUCAAAAGAGCUGGUCAUGAACUACGGUCUUGACGGCAUCGACAUCGACUGGGAGCACCCGAGCAACAGCCAACAAGGUGCCGACUACAUCCGCCUGCUUGCCACCCUCCGCGCCUACCUUCCGGCGCCGCAGUAUACGCUGACGUCGGCCGUGGGGUGCGGAGAGUGGUGUUUGCAGCACAUCAACUUGGCCCAGGCCGCCUACUACCUGGACCUGAUCAACGUCAUGACCUACGACUUCUCUGGGCCGUGGGUGCCCAGCACAGAGCACCACGCGCAGCUGUGGUCCCCGCACCGCCCGCACAACCAGCACUGCCAGCUCUCGUGCCACAGCGCCAUCGGCUACAUGACCUCCCGCGGCGUCCCGACGCACAAGAUCCUCCUGGGCGUGCCGGCGUACGGCCGCUCUUUCACGGGCUCGCGCGGCGUGGGCCACUCGUACGAUGGGCACGCGGGCGAGGAGGGCACGUUUGAGUAUAGAGACUUGCCUCGCCCGGGCGCCAAGGAGUACGUCGAUGACCAGACCGGCGCGGCGUUUUGCGUUGGCGGCGAUGGGGGGUUCGUCACGUAUGACAACGCGCAAACGGUGAGGAUGAAGGCCGAGUACGUGAAGCAGAGUCGCCUGGCGGGCCUGUUCUACUGGACCGGGACAGGCGACAAGGAGGACAACCAGAGCAGUCUGGUGUGGAAUGGCACGCCGACGCAGGGCAAGCACCAGUCGCACGAGCCCCGAAGCCUCCGCCCCCUCCACAUCAUCGUCCGCCAAAAGCUGCCAGCCGACUACAAUCCCGUCGACCACCUGAACCAGAUCUUCGCCCACCCCUCCACCCUCGCCUCCAUCCACGACACCUCCCAGGCCCUACGCAACUACGAAUAUGACCUGGACGAAGACAUCGCCGAGGUCGUCGGCGAGCAGAGCGUCUCCGACGCCGAGAGCGUGCGCAACAUCCAGAACGCCAAACAAGAGCUAGACGAGCUGUUCAAGCGCAUCGAGGAUGUGCGCGAUCGCGCCGUGCGCACCGAGCAGGCCAUCACCGACAUGACGGCCGACAUCAAGCGCCUCGACAACACCAAGCGCAACCUGACCCUGUCCAUGACGGCCCUGAAGCGUCUGCAGAUGCUGACCACCGCCUACGAGCAGCUGCGCGGCCUCAGCAAGACCCGCCAGUAUCGCGAGUGCGCCCAGCUGCUGCAGGCUGUCAUCCAGCUCGUCGCCCACUUCAAGUCGUACCGCUCCAUCGACCAGAUCGCCACCCUCAGCCGCAACGUCGCCGACCUGCAGCGCGAGCUGCUGGAACAGAUAUGUGAGGACUUCGAGGUGACUUUUGCCAAGAGCGAGGUUGCCCAACGGCGCGGCAUGCUGGCCGAGGGCUGCAUGGUCAUGGAUGCGCUUGGGGAGCACGCCCGGACGCGCCUCGUCAACUGGUAUUGCAACACGCAGCUGCGCGAGUACCGUCAGGUCUUCCGCAACAAUGACGAGGCCGGCUCGCUGGACAACAUCUCGAGGAGGUACUCGUGGUUCAACCGCAUGUUGAAGACGUACGAUGGCGAGCACGCGGUGCUCUUCCCGCCGCACUGGAGGGUCAAUGAGAUGCUGGCAAACGCCUUCUGUGAGGGUACAAGAGACGACUUCAAGGGCCUUCUGCAACGUACAAUGAGGCAGAAGGGCCAAUCUUUGGAUGUGGAUCUGCUGUUGUCUUGCCUUCAGGAGACACUCGAUUUCGAGAAUGGCCUUGAACGGAAAUUCUCGAAUGAGUCGCGGUCGUCUAUGGAUACCAUCAUUUCAAGAGAAGAUAGCGGAAUGUCUUUCCGCCAGGCCAUCUCCGAAGCAUUCGAGCCGUACAUGAGCCUCUGGGUCGAGUCUCAGGAUAAGCAGCUCGCCACACUAAUACCACGGUACAGACAACAACCUCUAGGUAACGCCGAGGAUGAGUUUUCGCCUCAGUCUGUCAUACCGUCUUCUACCGAGCUCUUCCAUUUUUACCGGACAGCGCUCGCGCAAUGCGCCAAGUUGUCCACGGGUACGAGGCUGUUGGAGCUGUCCAGAACAUUUUCCCGUUACCUGGAUGCCUAUGGGCAGCAAGUGCUGUUCUAUUUCCUCGGCGAGAAGACAUCGAUUGAAGACAUGAUUCUCAUUCUCAACACUGCGGACUACUGUUACUCGACUUGCGAUCAACUAGAGCAGAAGAUCAAGAGUAAGAUUGAUGAGGAGCACAAGGAAAAGGUCGAUCUUCAAAGCCAGGCGGACGCUUUCAUGGGCAUCGCAAGUGCGACAGUUCGGGCACUCGUUCGCAAAGUGGAAAUUGAUUGUGAACAAGGAUGGAGGGAGAUGCGGAACACACCAUGGAGCAAGCUGGAUAGCGUGGGUGAUCAGUCCAGCUACGUGGGGGAACUGCUUCGACAUAUCAAGGAGAGGGCGGCCGAAAUUCUCAGGUACCUGCACAAGCAGCAAUACGCGCGGGCCUUCUGCGACAAUCUCGUCGAUUCAAUGGUCAAUACCUACAUACUCAGCAUCUUCCAGUGUCGACCAGUUUCUGAAGUCGGCGCCGAACAAAUGCUCCUGGACUCGUAUGUGUUGAAAAAAGGCUUUACGGAGCUUUCGAUAAUCAACAGCGAGGAUCCAGGAGCACAACCACCAGCGGCCUUCGUCAAGCGUGUGAACCAGUCCAUGGCCAAGCUCGACCCCCUCCUCAAGACGCUCCAAGUCCGGCCCUCGCCGCCGGAAGCCCUCGUCCAAGCCUACCUGAUCCACAUCGCCGACCGCUCCGACACCAAUUUCCGCAAGAUCCUCGACCUCAAGGGCAUCCGAAAAUCCGAACAGGCGGCCCUCGUCGACCUCUUCAACGCCCACCGGCAGUCGCCGUCGCACGCCCAGCUGCCGCUACAGGGCGCGCUGCUCACGCCGAUGACCCUGGGCUCCGGCACGCCCUCCAUCGGCUCGUCCGGCUCUGGCUCAUCGUCCAUGGGCGGCGGCGUAGGCAUGGGACCGCUCGCCGGCAUCGGUGGGCUGGGCGGCGGCGGGAUGCAAGGAGUCGGCAGCCGCUUCCUCGUCGACCCGGCGACGUUUGCGUCCGGCAUCAUGAACGCGGCGAGGGACGGCGUCGAUCGGUUCGGUGGCAACAGCGGGCCGGUGGGAGCGGGCAACGUCAUACCCGCGAUGGCGGCGGCCGAGGGACAGGGUCAAGGUGGUGUGGGCGGCGAGGGCGCGGGCGGACCGGCGGUGGCAAAUCUGAAUGAGAAUUUGAAGAAUAUCGGCAAGUUUUUCAGGAGGGACGUGGGUAGUUUUGGUCGGUUUGGGCGGACGGGAACGGGGUUGGGUGAUUAA